AUGCGCUAUGCACUCAUCAAGUUUCGCGUGCAUCUGCUUGGUGAACGUACAUUCGCUUUGUAUACCAAUCAUGCAUCGCUGUGCACAGCGAUGAAGAGCCCACACCUGCCCCAACGGAUGGCACGAUGGCUCUCUUUCUCCUCUGAGUACAACUUUGUCGUGCAUUACAAGCCAGGCAAGACCAAUAUUCUCGCUGACGCCUUGUCACGACGUCCCGACUACGAUCCUUGGACUUCUCUGAGUCGUCAGGCUACUGAUGACAAGGAAGAUGAUGACCGAUGUGCAAUGUGUGUAUCGCUGAACUUAACUCGGGUUACACCCGAGCCGUGUUCAUUUGAUGAGAUCGUCGCAGCGUACAAGGGCGAUUCAGAUUACGCAGACAUUAUCGAGUAUCUGCGUGCUCCCAGCGAUGCUGCACUGGGAGCAUAA